AUGCCGGACGCAAAAGCCUCGGGAGCCGACACGGGCGGCGGCGCCGCGCGCGCGCGCGAUCAUAACCAAGGCAACCAGGGCCGAUCCUAUACAGUCGAGCAAAAGGCGGCGGUGCUGCGGAUUCGGCGCUGCAACGCGACGGCAUUUUACGAGAUCCUCGACCUCGAGUCGGUACGCAAGACGUGCACCGAGGGGGAGAUCAAGAAGGCGUACCGCAAGCAGUCGCUGCUGACGCACCCGGACAAGAACGGCCACGAGCACGCCGACGAGGCUUUCAAGAUGGUCAGCCGCGCAUUCGGCGUCCUCGGCGACAAGGAGAAGAGGGAAAAGUUUGACCGCUUCGGCACGGACCCGGACAGUCGCUUCGCGAGCGCCCAAGCACAGAACCCGUUCUCUGGGUUCGCGCGGCAGCCGUCCGGGGGCGGGAUGGCUGGUGGACGACCGGGUGGCCCCAUGGGCGGCGGCGGCUGGGAUGAGGAUAUCAGUCCAGAGGAGAUGUUUGCGCGCUUCUUUGGCGGCGGCGGGGGUUUCGGAGGCUUUGGUGGCGGUGGAGUUUUUGAUACAGGCCCUCAAUUUGUCUUCAACUUUGGCGGCGGCCCCGGCAUCCGCGUGCACCAGUUCGGCGGCGCGCGGCCGCGCGGCCGCCCUCGCGACACGCAAAACCGACCAGAGGAGGCACAGGGCGGCGGAUUACAAAACCUGAUCGGCAUUUUGCCGAUCCUGCUCUUCUUCAUCCUGCCGCUGCUGACGUCGCUGUUCGGCGGGGACGGCGGGCCGGCGACGCCGGGAAUGGCGUUUGACAGCCCGAGCGCGCCGUACACGCACGAGCGGACGACGCCGGUGCACGGGAUCAAGUACUUCGUGCGGGAGCGGGACGUGCGGCAGUACACAAAGGGCCAGCUGAGCGACCUGGACCGGGUGGCGGAGCAGAGCGCGCUGCAGCAGAUCCGUGGCGGGUGCGAGCGCGAGCAGGCGACGCAGCGGCGGAUGCGCGAGGACGCGACGGGGUGGUUCUACCAGGACGAGGUCAAGAUGGCGCUGGCGGACGCGCUGGAGAUGCCGCACUGUAAACGGUGGACGGCGCUGGUGGAGAAGAGCAAGAAGGGGAAAUAG